ACGGAUAUUGUCAGAGCGCGAGUAGAUUUCUACUUGACUGGUCGUAUCGUUUCGGAUGAAAGUGUUGAGCAUUUGCUCUGGUGUACGAGGAAAUUUACAUGACCAAGUGUUAAAAACCAAGACCUUCAACCAUAGUGAGCACUAGUGGAAUAUGCUGACGUUACUUCUCUCGUGCUUUAUGGUUGCGGCACCAGUUUCCCGAGCAGAACAAUUCCGAAGAAAUACUUCAAACCCAUCUGGUUCAAGACAACAAGUCUUGGAUGAGCUGUUUAAGAAUUACGACCCAAGAAUACCUCCAAACUUCGAAGAAGAUUUUCCAGUCAGUGUAUUUGUACAGUUACACAUAACAAACAUUGAUGGCAUUAGCGAAUCCAAUAUGGAGUUUUCCAUCGGAACAUUUCUCCGGCAAACAUGGAACGACUCAAGGCUAUCUUACAAUGCAUUACCCAAUCUGAAGGCAUUAGAACUUGACACGAGGAUGAUGGAGAAAGUCUGGGUUCCGGAUCUCUUCAUUGUUAACGAGAAGGAGGCCUCGGUCCAUAUGGUCACUGUACCCAACAGGCUCAUGCACGUAUUCCCGAGCGGCAAGGUCCACUACAGUGUCAGAAUUACAGCUACUUUGAAAUGCAGCAUGAAUUUAAGGAAAUACCCGUUAGACCACCAGUUUUGUUACAUUAUGAUGGAAAGCUACGGGUACAGCACAGACAACCUUGUGUUUGAGUGGAACCCCAUUCCGCUGGAGAUAGACAGGAGCCUUUCCCUGGCACAGUUCGAUCUCGGGGAAAUAGAAACUCGCAGGUGUGACAAGUCCUAUAUUGGCGAUACGGAUGGCAACAUAGUGAACUACACGUGUAUACUGAUGCAGUUCGAAUUGAUCCGGAACUUUGGCUAUUACAUAACGCAGAUUUACAUCCCCUCAAUCCUCAUUGUGAUUCUGUCGUGGGUCUCCUUCUGGCUGGACAUUGACGCCGUACCGGCCCGCAUCUCUCUCGGCCUUCUUACCGUACUCACCAUGACAACGCAAAGCGCAGGGGCUCGCUCCUCCCUCCCUAAGGUGUCCUAUAUCAAAGGGAUAGAUGUUUGGAUGGCCGUUUGUAUGGUAUUUGUCUUUAUCGCUCUGAUUGAGUUUGCGUUUGUGAAUGUGAACACAAGAGUAGGCAAGAGAAGAGACACCAAGACAAAGAAAGAGACAACCAGUCUGGUAAAGAAGGAUGGCGAACUGAAAAAUGAUACUCCAAAUGAUGGUCGAUUAAAUCGUUGGAAUGUGUUUGUCUCCAGUCGGAAUAAUGCUCGUAUAAUGGACCGUUUUUCGAGAGUUGCAUUUCCUGUUGCAUUUAUUGUUUUCAACAUCGUUUAUUGGAGCGUUUACACAUUCUGGCAACCAAGCAAAUCUGACGUAGCUUAACAACUACAACAACACGAAUUUGUCAUCUGGUCAAGAUCGAAGAUGAAUGAUUAUAACUGAAAACAAUGACGAAGGUGGUGCAAAGAUAAAUCAAAGACCGCCAUUAAACCGGACGUGCGUUAAACAGCCUUUUGCAAGACAAUAUACGUUGUGCUUAGCUUUUCUAUUUUCUUACAUAUAUAUAAAGAAAGGGUGAUAACCUCAAGAAGAUACAUACAUUGUAAAUACUUGCCUAUAGCUAUUGUUUAAAUGUUUUCUCGCAUGGUAUGACGAAAAGAAUAGUAUUGUGUGAACAAAGCUUUAUUGGUAUUGCUAGGAUAUAUGCUGAACAGAUGUUCAUAAAACCGCGUGUACUUGCUCUGAGCAGAGAAACGUCCAACGUCUGGACGGAACAGAAACAUUGGACCGAACAGUAGUUAAGAUAACAAUAAUUUCCAAUUACACCAAUCCGACGCAUUACGUUAAAUUCUGGGUUUUGAUUACACAACUCACGUUGUUUCUCUUAAGUUGGUAGCUACGUUUUUUUAAACAUAGCGGUGAACAAAAAAAGACCUUUGUCUGAUGUCAAAAAAUGAUUAAAUUCGUAACUCACGUUUUGAAAGGUAUCACGCUUUUACUUUCAUUACUUUUGUUCGGAAAAACAUUUCCUCAUGACAAACCGAAAUUGAAUGGAUGUAAUACUUAUUUAUCGUCGUUAUGGGUCUUUUCUUUAUAUUAUAUCCCUCAUGUCCUUCCAAAGAUAUAUAUAAACAGCAUAAAUGAAUAUAUUGAAUUUUUAUAUUUGUAUAUUUGUCGACGCUCAUAAACCUUGUCACGAAGCCUUU